UAGCAUGUGCUUUCUGUAUUUCAUGCGUUGCCUAUUUUUGCUCUACUUGCCUGAAAUAUCACGGAAGGUUUUUACUGGGUCAUAAAUACUUAGAGGGAGAGAAAAUGCCUCAAGAUAUUUGUACUGAAAAAUGUCAAACUCAUAAGAAUGAAAUGAUAAAGUUUUAUUGUGGUACAUGUGAAACAUUUGCAUGUUUUGUUUGUAAAACGGAAGGUCACACUGAUACGUGUAGCAUGAAUUAUUUACCUGAUUUUGUAAAAGAUCUUGAAAACGGAGAAGAUUUAAAAGAUUUAAUAACGAAAAAGAAUGAUAUUGCAAAAGGACUGUCUGACACUAAAGUAGUAAUUGACAGGAAAUAUAAAACCAUUGACAGUACAACUGCGGAGGCUACAAAUGCAAUAAAGAAAGAGAAGGGCGCACUGUUUGCAGAGUUCGACCAAGAGGUAUUUCAAAUUGAAGAGAAAAUUCAGGUAGAGAAGAAAAAAGAUAGUAUGCGAGUUGACAGCGAAAAAGCGAAAUUUGAUACCUUGAAUACUUCGAUUGAUCACCUUACUGAACAUAUUAAAAACCUGAAAUCGUUUCCUAAACGUCAAAAGUAUAAAUUAUUCAUGGAAUUGAAACAACUUGGUAAUACACUUACAGGUGUGAAAGAUUCUGUUGAAUGCUUACAGAAAGAAUAUUCUACGGGGAAUGUUGCAUUCGAGUCAGAAAUAAGAGUUCAAGCAAAAGAUUUAACAGAAAAAGUGAUAAAGUUUGGAACAUUAAUGAAGACUUAUACUGAAAACUCUGAUAGAGAAAAUGAUGAUAAAGAGCCUAUGAAAGUUGCAUGUCAUUUGGAUGAUAUAGAUAUAAGCACCGCGGGUGAUAUGAAUGACUGUGAUAUUAUUGACUGCUGUUUACUGACCGAACAAUAUCUUAUUGCUUGUGACCAAGGUAACCGUUCGCUUAAGUUAGUCGAUACGAAGAGUAAAAAUCUGGUUUACGUAAGACCGGUCAUAACACGUCCAUGGGCUGUCACAAAGAUUGAUAACACUCAAAUUGCCAUGGUUCGGGGCCACAAUAAUGGCGAAAGUAGGAAUAUAAUUCAGUUUUUAACUGUGACGAAUGCUAAAACACUUGUAUUCCAGAAGCGCUACAUACUAACAGAAAUGUACUGUUACAAUAUCGCAUAUAUUAAUGAUGGCAGACUGGUAGUUUCAAUGGCUGCCGAUCAUGAAGGCAAACUUCAAAUACUAAGUUUAAGCGGAGAAGUCUUGGCAAAUAUUGAAUACGAUGAUGAAGGCAAUAAAUUAUUUUCUCGUCCGGACUGCAUAGCCUUAGAUGUAACAGGAACACAUUUGUACGUCAGUGAUUGGUAUAAUGACAGUAUUACUGAAAUUGAUAUUGACAACCAAGUAAAUUGGACAUUUGCUCAUCGCUUUUGGCAUCCGGCAGGAAUUACCACUGACAAAGAGGGGUUUGUAUAUGUCUGUGAAGGAGGCACCGGCCGUGUGCAUGUUUUUCAUCCGAAUGAUUCUGGCGUCUUUGUUUUGUUAGACAAACAAUCUGCAAAUUCGAAUCCACUGUCGAUAUGCUUUUCUUUGACUGAAAACAAGUUGUACCUGGGUCAUAAUGGUCUGAAUUGCAUUCAAGUGUACAAAAUUACCAACAGUGAGUUUGCUAAGAAAAAAGAGAUGAAAAUGGGACAAUGAACGCAAUAACUACUGAUACGAUGCUGUGGAUAUUAAUGAAAUCAUUCAAGACUUGUUUUAAUUCUUGUUGUGUUCGUUCAUAGGGCGUAAAAAUUGUUUGUUUCCGGUAUCCCGACCUACCCUAAAUUUUUGGGCCGACCCUAAAGGUUUUUAUGGCCUAGGAGAAUAUUUUUUUCAACUUUUUAACAAAAAGUAGCAAAACUGCUCUUUUCAUGCUUUAAACAUGGUCAGUGAUAUUAGAAAUCAACUUACUGAUGCUCUAAAGUCAUACCCCGCUUAUUUGUAUUCAUUUUUUGACAUAAAUUACCUACUCUAAUGUUUUGAGCAUGUUACCGGAAACAAAGAUUUAUUUAGGCCUUGUACAAUGUAAAAAUAUGUCAACGGUCUAAUACGGUAUGCCUAAAGUACCUAUAUUAGAUGGUGAUCAGUGUACUGGUUUUGUUAGGGGAAGGAGCAGAUAAAGCAGAUUCAUUUGAUAAUGUAUAGAUAAUGGACUGACAUAACAUUCCAGAAAUAGUUCCCAGGAGUCAUAUUUGCAUAUACAUAUUACGAAAUCAAUAAAGUUAUACACAAGGCCGUUGAAGGAUUGUAAGAAAAAGAAAUCUCUGGAGCAAACAGAAUAUCGCUACAUAAGAAAACCUGUCGCAACGUCAAAAUGUUCUAAAAAUAUAUGUCUUUUAUUGUGUAUGGAGUAACGUUGAUAUAUCCGGCACUGAAACGGUUUCUUUGAUUAUAAUAUUUUCGUAUAUAUAGCUUAGAUGUUAGCGAUGUAUUCCGUCUCAUUUCAGAUCAUUUCAAUUUAGUAAAGUUAAUCGUUUCGAACCGCAAAACACUUCAGCUGCCUUUAAAUAAUAUACCACUCACUUUGACAAGUUUGAUGCUUUGAAUGAAAGUGAAAAGCUAAGGUGGCAUAGAUUAUUUUUGGUAUUUAAAUUCAAUAUCAGUAUUUUAAGACAUUUAUUGGCAGAUAUAUUUUAAUUCUUUUGCGAUUUUAUAGUAUUUACGCUGGCUUAUCAGAUACGUUACUGAACAUUAGUUUUAUUUUAUUUACUUUUUGAUAUAACCCCAUAAUAAUUCAGUAUAAAUUGCACGCUUGAGUCAAAUGUAAAGAGCAAGAACCUCACAACGAGAGAGGGUAAAUGUUAAAAACGGGUUACGUCUGUGAAAGUGAUACGAAAGCAUUUGUCAUCGUUUUGUAUCGAUAUGCUGAUAUCCAACAAAGGCACAAACGUCAGUAUGGCUUUUAUUUGGAUUGUUUUUACAAAACGUAAAUGCGAUACAAAGGCAUUUGUUAUACCCCUCCUUGUAUAUGUCCCGGAUGUGUAUUUUAUUUCAUAAUAUUACGGAGAUUUACUUUUUUAUUUAAAAGUUCACGUCUAUUGCUGUUCAUUAUACUGCCAUGUAUACUUCUCGUACAUGGUUUCAAAAAUAAAUCUUAAUUACACAACUGCUCCUUUGUUUGGCCCAGGUUAAUAACCCACUUGAAAUACCCGAAUUUGCACGUGCACAGGUAUUUCAUAUUUGGUUACUAACCUGUGCACGUGCAUUCGUACCCUAGCUAGAGUUAUGAUACAGGAAAACACCAUUGGAUGCGAAGUCAAGUUUUAUUCUUGUUCAGUCAACCAAAAUUAAACUGUUAACAUUUUACAAACUAUAGGACAACACUGACCUGUGAGAUUUGACCUCUUCAGACAAAAAAUGUUUAUUUAUAAGAUGAAUUAUUUUGAUGCCGGUCAACUAAAAAUGCACUUUGUUUGACAACCUUGCCACUGGAUCUAUAUUGAUAAAUUCAAGCAGUGAUCGUGAAUUCAUAUUUUAUAGUUUCAUUAGAAGCCAAUCCGCUUAAAUUAUUCAUAAUCACACCUUUCAAUUAUUGUAAAUCUGUGACCCUAUGCUGUGAGAGGAAAACAAAAGUUCCACUUUACGUGACUUACGUGACAUAUUUUACAAUGCUUACAGUUUUUUUAAUAAAAACUCCUGUGAAAAUGGAUUUCUGAAUUUGAAAUGUUAAAUACCUUUGACAUUACCAAAAGAUGUAGAUGUACCCGAAGCAGAGACUGAGGAAUCGAUGCGCUAAGAUUGUGAACAUUUUGAAACCUCCUGUUUCUGUUCAUCAUUUGGCCUUUUGUAACCAUAACGGCAGUACUACGGUGUCCUGUAUGGGGCAUUCUUAAUUGUUCUUGGACAUUAUCUUGAAACAGCCUAGUGGCCGUUGUAGCUCUUAAGGAGUUUAUAUAUUUUUUAUAUUUAUAUUUAUGGUAAAGUUAUAUGUAUUUUAUGAGAGCAGCAAAAUUGGUGUAAAUGCGCUCCACGUAAGCGCUCAAGGCCAUUCUCGCACACCAUAUAGUCCGGACAUCAUUAAUGUGUAAAGGCAUGUGCACAAAAUAUUUUGCCGACAUGUGGUUAAUUGUAGAUGUGAUUUUAAAAAAGUAAUAAAUAGAAAUAAAAAAUAUAGCGCUUAUCUCAAUUACAGAGGUUUUCAGCUUUAUUAUGUAUGUUAUAGCUAUGUAGGACCAUAUUCGUAUCAGAUCGCAUUUGUAACAAGUGUUACAAAUGCGACCGCAUAUGUAACAGGUGUUACAAAUGAGAUCGUAUAUGUAACAGAAAUUAAGCACAUAUGUAACAAUUUUUAAGACGAAUGCCUAUUUUUGAUGUGACAUCUGAUCACAUUUGUCACAUAUCAUUUUCGAUCGGAGAAAUGAACAAAAAGGUGCAUUUUUACAUCUGAAACACAUUUGUAACAUGUUUUAGCUCACUUGUACGAAGUGACAAAGAAAGCUAUUGUGAUCGCCCUCUGUACGUCGUCCGUCGUCAGUCCGUUCACAUUUUUCUUGUGAAUACGAUAGAGACAACAUUUAUUAUCUGAUUUUGACAAAACUUGCUCAGAAGUUAUAUAUAUACCUAUUAUAUCUCGGUUCCUUUCGAAAACCAGCCAUAUCACCUUAUUUGUCUUGGAGUUAUGGCCCCUGAGAUGACAAUAAUUACUGAUUUUAGCCAGGUGUAUUUUCUUUAAAUCUCAUAGACAUUAGUUCGCGCACAAGGUCGGGCCCUCCUAGACUUAAGGCUAACGACUCCGUCCAUGACAAGUCGUAUAUAAUUUGUCCCAGGACAUGGCAACGUCCUGUUUGUCACCCAACUUGAAACAGCUCUAGAAGACGAAAGGAAGCUAAAUAUAUAUGUCGCCACCGGGAUCGAACCAGUGACCUGAGCAUGCGGGUCUACAUUUCAGCUAGUCGAGGUAACAGUAGAAGUAGCUGAAGUUAUAAUCAUAUUAUAGUGGUAGUGGCAGUGGAUGCAGAUAUGAUAAUAAAAAUUGAGCCACGUCACGGGAAAAUUGGCAUUCGGAUAUUUUUGUGAAUUUCCGGAAAGUGUAUAUUUA